AUGGCUAAGUACAUAAUUACACAACAACCGGACCUCGAGUGCGCAAGUUGUUUGAUGAAGCACUUAACCGAUCUUUUUAUUUAUCUUUACGGCCAGGCUGGAUGGAUAUCUCAAGACUUGGAACAAAAACUCGAUUGGUUUGGAUUGGUGAUGUGGAAUGUUGGGGUCGGACCCACAGCAUGUUUCACACGAGCUAUCUCAAGCAUCACUCGGGACGUACUCCUAAAGAUCAAGAGAUAUGGCCCCUAUGACCACGUGAUAGAGGUGGACAUGAAGCGAGCAGCAGCACAGCUGGCAAGAACAAGCCUUAGCAUUAAUGACAAGCUGCAUAUAAAAGUGGCGGAGCAGCUCGGGCUACUCGACCAAGAAUACGACAGGCUCUUGGAAGAGGAUGACGAGCUGCGGUACUAUACCUAUGGCCUCAACCCUUCAUCGUCCUUACUGGAUAAGCUUUCAACAUCAUCUGCAGCUGCAGGACCUCAAAUAAUCCAAAAGCUAGUGAUCAAGAAGUACCUGCUGGUGGUCGAGAACAUCGACGAGCCCAUCAAGCCCAUCAACCUUACUGCUCCAACAGAGGGCUUAUGCUUUCCUGCCCCUGGGUGGAAAGGCUCCUUUUGGUGCGUAUCCACCACCACUCAAGAUGUGUACGGAAGGAGCCAGCCAUCAGAUUAUCCUUGUCUAAUCGAAUCUUUUAGUGGGGAUGAUAUGUACAUCUUGGCUGCGGUCGCCCACAAAGACGAGCAAUAUUGGCACCACGUGGCUGUCCGGUGCUUUCACUACGCCACCAAGCUCCUUCCCCCCCACUGUUCAUCGCCUCAUGGAGAUGGAGGCCAGAAGAGAUCUGCUGCAUUGGCCGACAUUACUUCAGAUGAGCUGAUACGCCAGUGGUCUGCACAAGGCAUCCUUGUCAUGGACACAGAAAGAACGGGGGAGACUACAGGCAGUAGUUAUGAUGGCAAAUACAGUGAUAUAUACCAAGUUGGAAAUCUCAUCCUUGAAGCUUUCCGAGAGUACACCUUGCUGGAGAUCCCCUUUCCUCCUGUGACGACUGAAGCUGAAGAAGCCACAAAAUCUGCUGCACACUUCCUAGCAUGUCACAACCUCAUCGCAGAGCACCACACAACCGAUGAACUUUGCGACGGAGACCAUCCUAGGUUGGAACACAUGCAAUGGAUCUCACAUGUGGGAGACCAAGGAUGGCAUUUAAGCAGGGAAUGGUUGAGCUACGGAGCUAGUGGCCCAACAACACUCAUUUUAAGGCAUUGCUCACAGCAAUCAAGGUUGCUCAUGAAGCUUGAAUCCGAUCAUUUCUUUGCCAAACUCCCCUGUCUUCAUGCUGUUGAUCUCUCCUACACUCCACUAAAAUCACUUCCUCCAUCAAUCUGCUACCUCCAAGAACUCCAGUACCUUUCCCUUAGGGGCUGCUUUAACCUCACGAGUCCAUUCAGCUUCCCCAACACUGAAAUUACUCUCAAUGAAAUCAAUAGCAGCAAAAAUCUCAACUUGCUCUGCUUUGAUCUUUCCUACUCAAAUAUAAACACAUUCCACAACGACUUCUUCUGUAGCAUGCCUAAUCUGCAAGAGCUCUUGCUUGUCAAGUGCUCCAACCUUGAGGAAUUGCCACCUUCCGUUGGUGCUUUGUCUAGUUUAACAAAACUCGAGCUCACAGGGACUCAAAUUAAAUAUUUUCCUGGGCAAAUGUUUGAAGAAAUGAAGAGGCUUGGAUCAGCCAAGAUAAUCGAGAACAAGGAAUUGUUUUUUGCACCAGCAGGGUUGUUUUCUAAAGCACCUGGGUUGACCGAUUUACACAUUGAAGGAUGUGAAUCAAUUACAGGGGUAGAGGUAACCUUAGAGAGGCAUCCAACCCUGAGAUCAUUCUCAUUUAUUGGCGCACCUCACAUGAAGCGGUUGUCCUUGCGUGGAUGUAGAAAGUUGGAGUAUAUUGGUAUUAAGGAGGUGGGUGAUUUGGAGGAGCUUGAUCUGUCUGCUACGGCUAUCAAGGAGCUCCCAGAUAGCAUCCCUAAUCUGCCAAAGCUUAGAAAAUUGCUUGUCCUGGGUGUUCCUUCCCUGAGACGAUUUCCUUGGCAUAAGCUGCAGAGACUCCCGGAUGUGUUUUGCUUGGAUCAGUGCUCAAACAGAACCAUUAAUCAUUCGGAUCAUCCACAAGGUGCUCAGGUGUGCAUAAGUGAUUCCAGAUUGUUUUAUAGCUUCGGUCAUGACACCAUGAAUUCAGUAAGGGCUGGAGAACUUUUGACAACUUUCUAUGUUCGAGUUACAUCAUGCAAGUCCACAAGCAGCAAGUUAAAGGAUGAAGAGGGCAUGGUGAUGAUCAACAAGGUUCAGAUGGCACCACCAGCUUACGCUGAUGUAAACCGUCUGUAUCUGACAGACGGAGUCUCUAUGGUGUCAAUGGAUGACGUACCUCCCUUUCGGGUGACCAAGCGUCACGUGGAGAUCUCAGCUGCUGAUCGGUAUCCCCGUGGUCUGACAUAUCUUCUGAAAGUCACCAAAUCAAUUAGCAUGUUGGGUGAUACUCAUGUCUCCUGUCUCAGUGAUCUGGGCCUGGGUGAUUAUAGUUGUUUCGAUGAGCUAGAGGAGUGCAUGCUCCGACGGUGCCAUCGGAUGGUGCAGGUCUUCAGUCAUUACCGGGUUGCAUUAUCUCUACAAAAUGCACAUUUCUACAGUGGUGGUGGUUAUAAUUUCAAUGCACUGAAGCACCUCUUCUUAGAGUACUGCCCGAGGUUGGAGGGCAUCGUUCCACGUAAUUGUGAGCUACCAAGCCUUGAGACGCUGGAUAUCCUGUGCUGCUACAACCUCAAGGCAAUUUUCUAUGACUGCUGGUUACACGCUCCCGUGUCUCCGGAGGAUACGGCUCCAGGAGCUGCCACUGCUGGAGCAUCUCCACGUCGACAACCCCAUGCUGAUCGCGCCUGCGUGGGAGGAGCUCCACGUCCGCGGCUGCUGGAGCUUGCGCCACCUCCCACGCUUCCACCAACAACCAGACAAGGCCGUGGAGGUGAGCGGCGAGCUGGCCUGGUGGAACAAGCUGUGCUGGGAUGGCACACACCCACACCAUGGCAGCUACAAGCCCAUGCUUCCCCCAGCUUUCGCUUCGCGCCGCGAGCGGGUCGUCAUCGAGAGCUAUCUCAGAUGAAUGAAUAUACCAUGCCCAAGCGCAAGAUUGAUAAAUCAUCCAGUUAA